UUUUCUGAACUUGUGGCUUCUUUCCGGAUAAUUAAUUCUAAACAGUUCACACUGAAUAAAAAACCCACAACAUCAGAUUGAGGUGGUCCGAACCCAAAACUUGCAAUUCGCAGGAUGUUGAAGUUCUUGUCGAAGGUCAGAAUCGAGUUCAACGCGCUGGACCCACGAAUAGCCUCUUGCAUGGAGUUCUUGGCACAGUGCAAUGCUCGCAAGGCCAAGGAAUCAAACCCGUCUUGCCAGGUCCAGGUGAAGCGCCGCACGGACGAUUAUCCGCCGAGGAUCACUGUUACCUUUGUCAACGGCGUUGAGGAAACCUUUGAUGCCACCUCAACCCCGGCCCAGACGAUUCGCAACUUGAUUCUUGACAAGGGUAGUUUCCUGGAGACAGAGCAGAUGUUUCGCGAAGCCGGGGAGCAAUGGCCUGUUAUUGUACCUGAAGAAGAACUUCGCCAACCAUUUACAGGAAUUAAGGUAAUUUAUUGAGCCUGUUUUGGAUUGCAUUUUCGGAUUUUGGGAUGUGAAUUGAUAUGGGUUGUGGUUGGUUUGGGGAUUUUUGCGUUUCUCGGUUUAAACAAUUCGUCGAACAGGUCAUCUGGUUAAGUAGUUGGAGUCUAAAGGUUUCAUCUCCGUUGAUAUUUACUCUUCCAUUGGAGCACUUAUUUUAAAAUAUUCCUAAAUAAAAUUUUAAUAAGAUCUUUUUCCCGAAACGUUUAACUAAGAUAUUAUAUGAUGUGAAAUGAUCAGGGUCUGUGGUUAUGUGUUGGUGGAUUUCUUGAUUGAGACUAUAUAUGUCGUGCAAAUGAUUCAUUUACUUCUCCACAGUCCAAGGUUUUCAUUACUUUCCUUGCGUUUAAUUGGUUCCUUUGUGCUGUUUGGCUCUUCGACUCAUCAUGAUUUGACUAGUUACCAGGGGUAAGAUGCUUGUGCAUUAGUUUUGUUAUUUACCACAUAAUUAACUUUUUCUAUUACAUUUUUAUGGAUUCAUUUCGGACUCUCGAUGUGAGAAAGAGGAAGAGGAAGAACCGCACAGUAGGAACACGUGUGAGAAGCCUACUUUCAUCAAUGGAUCUAAAUCAUAUUUAUGUUUAUGUCUACCCUGGAUUGAAAUUUUGUCUUUGGUUUCUGGUUUUUUACCCAACCCUACUAAAGCAACCUAUCGUGCAUGCUCGAUUGAGUAGUUAGAAAGUCUCUACUUGAGAGCAGUAUCAGAACCUUUUUUUGUAGGUUUUUGAUUUUAUAGGGUCCACGAGUAUAAUGAGCCUGGCGUUUUUCUUCUUAAAGAGGAAGCUUUACAAUUACAGUAUGCACUUUGAUGUUUGGUGUGGUGAUUAAUGAAUAAAAGGAUUCAUCAUGAUGUCCCAAACAAGUGA